AUGGAUAGUUUAUUUUACUCUUCUAUAUACCUUUUUUGUUAUGAGAAUAAGCUUAAAAUAUCGUCAAAUAAAUUUAAAUCAAGUACAAAGAAACUAUCAUCAGAUUGGAACUUAAAAAAAAAUAAAAAUUUAAACAAUAAUACUAUAAAAAAAUAUAACGAAAAAAGGAAAAAUGAGGAAAUUAUCAAUUUUCAAAGUAGUGGAUAUAAAAAAAAAAUUAAUAAUUUAAAAAAUGAAGUUAAAAAAAAAUCAUAUUUAUCUAAAAUUUCAUCAGAAAAAAUAAAAAAUUCUAUAAUUAGAACAAAAUCUCCAUAUUUGGUAAAAAUAAAAAGAAAUAAUCCAUAUUCAUUUGAAAUAAAUAAUAUCAAAGAAGAGAAAAUAAAGAAAACAUUAAAUGAUAUUAUAAAUUCUUUUAUACAAACUAGAAAUUUAGAGCCAAUUGAAUUAAAUAUUUUAACUGAUUACAGUAGUUUAAUUAGAACUAUUGACGAAAAUUAUACUAAAGUAAAAGACUUUUACAUUAAAGCACAUACGUAUCUAAGCUAUGGAUCUUAUUUAUUACUUAAUGAUUAUGCUAAAGGUGUAUACAAAAAUUCUAUAGAACCUAGUAUUAAUCAAUUAAUUAGUCAGAUUAAUGAUGCAAUACUCUUUUAUGAAUCAUCAAGAAAUGAUAUGAGAGAAAGAUUAAAUAAUUUACAACUUCAAAAUGACAAGACACAGAACAACUUAUACGAUACAAAACUUAGUGAAUUUAAAAGUAAAACAGAAGAAAUUCUAAGUAAGGCAAGAAGUCAUCUUGAAGAUAUUACUAAAAUAAAUGGAGUCAUUUUUGAUCGUGUAGCAUAUUAUAUGAAAUAUGUGACUCUUAUCUCUAGGAUUUAUUUCGAAAUAGAAAAGAUGUAUAAAAAAAAAGUUUCUGAUUAUGUUAAUAGGAAUAGUUUAAAUAGCAAAGUUCAUGAAGACUUUUUAAAAGAAGUUGAAAAUUUCUUGAAUAUUGAUAAUAUUGCAAAUUUUAAACAAAAUAAAUGUUAUAAGAAUAAUAUUAAAUAUAAAAUUAAACUUCUAAUGGAGGAAAUUUCUGAUAUACAAAAGAUUUAUAAAGAAAACUUUAAUUCUAUAUCCAAAAAUCAUGAUAUAUUAGUAAAUUGCAAUAAAUCUAUGACCCCAUGGACUGUAGAAGUAUGGAGAUAUUCGUGGCGUAGAGAUGAAUGUGUAGCAAACAUUUUUAUUCCUAUGAACUCUUUGAGUUCAAUUCAAAUUUUAGAAGAAUGUAAUAGAAAAUUAAGAGAAAAAUUUGAAAAAAAAAAAAAGGAUAUUUCUGAUUUAUUCACAGUUACAGUAAAAGAAUUGGAAGGAAAAAUAAAUUCUCUAGUUUAUCCUGAAGAUUUAGAAUUAGAAAGUGAAAAAAAUAUUUCAAGUUCUCAAGAGAUAAUAAAUAAUGUAAAACUUACAAUUAGUGAAAAUUCAAGAAGUUUAGAAGAUUUAUCGAAUAACUAUCGUAGUGCAAAAUUUUCUAGUAUUAAAAAUAAGCUUGCUCAAUUAUAUGCCGAGGUAAUUGUACAUAAUGAUAAUAUGAUAAGUAUAUUUGACUCUAUGAAUGAGAAAAAUAAUUAUAUCAAAUCUUCAAAGAAUAAAAUAGAAAAUCUAAAAAGCAAAAGAAUAUCAACUCAAGAAGGAAACAUAGAAAAGAUAAUAGAUGGCCUAUCAAAUAUAAUAGAAAAUGUUGAAAGUGAGAUAACAUUGAUAAAAAGUAAAUUUGAUGCAUUAAAUCAGAAUUAUCUAGAAUUACAAGAGUUUAAAGAUAAAAUUGAUCAAUUAAAAACAACAAUACAAGGAAAUAAUGAUGAAAUUCAAAGGUUAAAGAGAGAAGAAGAUGAAAGUAAAAGAAAAAUCAUAGAGCAGAUUGAGCAGGAGUUAGAAAAAAUAAAUAUAAAAAUAACUGACUUAAAUGAAAUCAUGGGUUUAAAAGAAAAAGAAAAUAAAGAUCUUAAGAUAAUUGAAAAAUUAAUUAAUGGAGCAUCAUGUGAUAUGAAUAAAUACAUAGAAAAAAAAAAAGAAGCAAAUGAAAAAAUUAAUUUAGCACUUAAUGCCUUAAUUAGUAAUGGGAAACUUGAAGCAUGUAGGGAAAUAUCACAUUUUGUAAAUGAAAAAAAAAAAGAAAGAGGAUUUGAUUAUACUUCAUAUGAUUUAGAUGAUGUUAAUAAAAUAUUAGAAGAAGUAAAGGAAAAAUCUACUAGAAUAGAUAGUAUUUCUAGUGAAACUACAUCUAUUAUGGAAAAUGAUGUAAAACCAGAAAUAAAUAAUAUUAGUCAACUUAAAAAUGAUAUUAUAAUCAAAUUAACUGAAGAUUUAUACAGUAAAAUGAAAGAUUUAUUAGAAAAUUUUAAUAAAAUAUUAGAUAAAGUAUCUAGAAGUAUAUCUGAAUAUGAAGCAAAAAAAGAAAUACUAGAAAGUUAUGAGCAUAAUAUGAUAAAAAAAAAAAAUGAAUUUUUAAAUAAACUUAUUGAAGAAGAUAAUGAAAUUCUAGAAGAAGAAAAUAUAUUUCAAGAAAUGUAUCUUCAAUCAAUUAAUUCUGAUGAUAAAAAUGAAAUAAAUAAACAAAUUGCUAAUGCACAAGAUAUUAUAAUCACUCUAAAAGAACAAUUAGAUUUAUGUAAGAAUGUAGAGGUAUUUUUUGAUAAGCUUAGUGACACUAAAAUUGAUAAUUUCAAAGCUUUAAAAUUACGUAUUAAUCAAGAGAUUAUAGAUAAUUUAGAUGAAUAUCAAGAAAGAUUUAAUAAUAUAACUAGUUCAAUAGAAAGUAGUAUAGAAACAAUUAAUUUAUCAAAAAAAGUUAUAGAAACUCUUAAAAAUUUAAAUAAUAUUAUAAAUGAAUCCAAUAAUAAUCGUAAAUCGAUUGAAGAAUUAAGUAGAAAUAUAAAUAUUAUAAAAGAAAAAAUAAAUGAGGAAAUGGAUAUAAUUAAUAAAGAGACUUUAAUAGGUGAUAUGAAAACUAGAUUUUUGAAUAAUUUAGAAAACAAAAAAGGAGCUAUAGAGGAAAAAAAAAUAGAAAUUGAUAAUUUAGGGGAAGAAUUAAUUUUAUUAUUAAAAUAUAUUGAGACAUUAAAAGAAAGUAAUGGCAAAGUUAAAUUUAUUGGAGAAGUAGAACCCUACUUAAAAAAUGCGUUAAGUAAAAAAAGAGAAUUGAUAGAUAUUGUAAAUAAAAUAGAAGAUAUAAAAUUAACAAAUGAUACAUUGAAUAAGGAAAUUAAUGAUAUAAUUAAAAGUGUAAAAGCUCAAAUUAUAGAAUCAAUUUAUGGUCACAUAAUUAAUUUGAAUCAAGAGAUAAAUAAUGAAGUGAAUAGAAAUUUGGAUAUUUUAAAUCAAACAAAACAGACAUUUGAAAAUUCCAAUUUUGAAAUUAAUGUAAAGGAAGAUAAGAUGAAUAAUAACAAACAAGAAAUAAAUUCAAUAGUACAAAAAAUUAAGCAUUUUAUAAGUAAAAUUGAUGAUAAUAAGGAAAAAUUGACAGCUAUUCAAAGCAAUUCUAAAGAGCAAGUUGUUGCAGCUCAUAUAAUAAAAGAAAAUAAUAAAAAUUUUAAUGGCAAAAAAAGUAAUAUGAAAAGUCAUUAUGAAGAAAUUAAAAAAUUUUUAGAUGAAUUAAAUACAGUAAAAAAUGAAUCAAAAUCCUUAAUAAAAGAUGUAAAUGCAUUGAAAUUAGAAUAUGAAAGAUCAAAAGUAUACGAAAUUGUUCAACUAAUUAGUGAUGAAAAAAGAAAGUCCGAAGAAGAUAUGUUGAAUAUUAAUGUAUUUAAAAAUAAGAUUGAAGACUUAAAAAAAAAUACAGCAGAAUUCAUAGGAAAUGAAUUAAGAAGUUUUAAUUAUGAAGAAUAUCUUAAUAAAGCUAAAAAGAACCAGGAACAAAUAAAUCAAUUAGAAAAAAAAGCUAAUACAUUAAAAGAAGAGGCUUCUAAUUCUGAAAUAAAAGAUGUUGAAAAUAUCAAAAUGAAAGUUGAACAAAAAAUGAAAGAUAUUAUGGUUUUCAGGAGUGAAAUAUAUGAUUCAUCAAAUGAAAUUAAAAACAUGGAAAAUUUAUUAAUGAUGACAAAAUUUAAAAGCAUUAUGGAUGACAUAAAGAAUAAUAUAAAAAAAGCUAGAGAAGAGAAUGCAAAUUUAAAAAGUAAACUUAAAAAAUUAGAUAAUACAAACAAAUUAAUAUUAGAUAAUUUUCAAAAGUCAGAACAAUUAAAAGGCUCAAUUACUAGUAAUUCUGAAGAAACUGUUAUUAAUGAAAGUGUGGAUGAAAUUAGAAAAAUUAAAGAACUUAUAGUAAAUAAUAUAAGAAAUAUGGGAAUAUUUUCAAUAGAAGUUGAAAAAAGCAAAGGAGCAUCCUUAUUGUAUUUUCACAAUAUAGUAAGAGGGAAAAAUAAAAUAGAUUAUUUGAAGAAUCACGACCAAGAUAAAGAGAAAAAAAUAACAAAAAAUAUUAUUGAUGAAAUAGAUGGAUAUAUACAUGAAUCUGAAGGUUAUUCAAAUGAAGCGAAUAACAUUGCUCAAACUUUUAAUACAAGUUAUGAGAUAAUAUUAAAUUAUGAAAAUAAGAUUAGAGAUCUUUUAAAUGAAUCUUUAAUCUUAGCCGAAAAAAUAAAGAUUGAAAAAGCAAAAGAUGACGCAGAAAGUGUUAUGAAAGAAAUUCAGAAUGUUUAUUCUAGUUCUCAAAAAUUGUUAGAUAAAUCAAAAGAAAAAUUAAAUGAAUUAAAUGUACAAACCAAAAACAUAAAAGAACAUAAUGAUGAAAUAAAUAAUGAAAAAUCCAUGAAUGCACUUGGAGAAAUAGAAAUUAUCAUAAUAGAUAUAAAUAGUAUUUUAUCAGAUAUAGAAACAAUAAAAAAAGAUAUACAACAUAUUCUUAAUACAUCUGAGAAUGAAAUGGAAUUAUUUUCAACAAUUCAUGAAAGUAAAGAAAAAGAUUUAUUGAGUAGAUUAAAAAAAGAACAAGACAAUUUAAGAAAUGCAUUGAAAUUUUUAAAAAAGAUUAAAAAUGAAAAAGAUAUUUUAAAUCAAGAAUCAAGCAAAAUAGCAGAUAUAGAGAGUAAAAUUAAUAGUAUAGAAAAUAAGUUAGAAACUAAUAAAAAAUCCUACGAAGAAGGAAUUUUGCAAAAGAUUAAAAAAUUAGCUGAUCAAGACAAGGAAUAUAUUUUGCGAAUAAAAAAUUCAAUAAAUUUAAUAAUUGAUAUCUCAAACUCCCUUUUUAAGAAAUCUACAUUAAAAGAAAAUGAUAUAAGGCAUCUAUUGGAGGAUUAUGAAAAUAAAAUGGAGGAAAUAGAAAAUAAUUUUAAUAAAUCUUACAAAGCGAUAGAAAUAUUUUUGGUAGAAGUUACAAAAUCUUCUAUAAGUUACGAAGAAGCAAAAAAUAAAAGAGAAAAAUCUCAAAUGGAAACAAAAAAUCUCCAUGAAAGAAAAGAGGAAAUGAAAAUAUUAUUGAAUGAUAUCAAUAAUUCUAAAAAUAACUUGACUUUAAAAUUAAUAACUAGUAUGGAGAAAGAUUUAAAUAAAAUAAAUGAAAAAUCUGAGAAAGAUUAUUCAAAAGUGAAAGAAUACCUUAAAGAAAUUGAAAAAUAUAUUGAAAAUAUAAAAGGUUCUGAUGAUGUAAAUAUUGUUUUAAAAGAACUUGAUAAAGCAAAAAAUAAAGAUAGAGAAAUAAAAGAAAUUAAAAAAAAUAAUUUUGGUUAUAAAAAUGAAGCAGACAUAAUAUAUAGUAAUAUAAUUGAAACAGCAAAAUUCAUUGAUAUGCAUCUAGAAACCAAAACAGAAUUAGAUGGUUAUAAAGUUAUUAGUAAUUCCAAAGAGAUUAUUUCUAAAAUACAAAAUAAUUCAAAUGAUAUAGAUAACAAAGAAAAAGAAAGCAAAGACUUCCUUACAAAAGCUAAUAGUCUUUAUGAACAAAUAAAAUUAAGAGAUGAGUUAAUAAAAAUAAUUAAUGAAACAAAGCAAAAGCUAGAUGACACUUCAUAUGAAAUAGAAUCUUCCUUUAAUAAAUUUAAAAAAAUAAAAGAGAUAAAUGUUCAUGACGUAAUUUAUGAUGAAAUUUUUAAAAAUUAUAAAGAUUAUAAAAAUUUACAAGAACUUAAAAAUUCAUUUAAAGAAAGAUCAAGUAGAAUAGAAAAAGAAUUAAAAAUAGAUGAAAUAAGAAAAUAUAUUGAUUAUAAUAAGAACUCUAUAAAUUAUAUAGAAAAAAUUAUUUAUACAACAAAGGGAGAUGGAUCUUCUACAAAUAUAUUAGAGCAAGCAAGAUUUGAUAUAAAUAUACUUGUAAAUAAUGUGAAUAAUAUAUAUAAUAAUAUCUUAGAAGUAAAUUCAUCCCUUGAUGAAAUACUAAAAGUAGGAAAAAAUUACGAAUUAUCUAUUCUUUUAUCAAUUAUUUCAAUUCUUGAUGUUGAAAUAUCUAAAGAUAUAUUAAUAAUCAAAAAAAAAGAAAAUGAUAUUGCAUUAGAUGUAGAAUAUGUGAGAAACAAUUAUAACUCUAUAAAUAGUGACAUUGACAUUUUAAAUGAAUAUUCGACUAAAAAUAAAAUUAAUAAAUAUGCAUCAAAUCAUGUUGAAGAAGCAAAUCUAUAUGAAGACAAUUUUAAAGAAAUGGAACAAAAAGUAGUGGAAACUAUUGAUAAUAUGAAAGAGGCAUUUUUGACAAUGAAUAAUAAAAAAAAUGAAGAUAAUGUAAAUGAAUAUCUGCAAGAGUUAAAAAUUCUUUAUAAACAACUCAAAAAUGAAAAGAAGCAUAUAAAUGAUAUUUAUAGAAAUAUGAAUAAUGUAAAACUAAAAGAAAUGGAAAAAAAAGCUGAUAAAUUAAUGGAAAUGGCAAAAUUAUAUAAGAAUAUAACAGAUACUGUAAAACAAAAAUUAUUAGAUUAUGAAAAAAAGUUAAAGCAAAUUGAAGAUUCUAUAAGAGAAAAAGAGCAUGAAUUACUUUGUAUUGAGUACAUGAGUGCACAGUUAUAUAUUCAAAAAGUUAAUGAAACUUGUGAAGAAAUUUCAGAUCAAAUUAAUAAAAUAAGUGAAUUUGAAAAUGACAAUGAUGAAAAUAAUAAAAUUAUAAAAUAUGAAGGAAAUAUUAUAAAUUUAAUAGAAAGGACAAAUUUUUUAUUAGAUAAAGUUGAAUUAUACCAAUAUGAAAAAGAUUACGAUUUAUCAGAAGAAGAAAAUAAUAAAAGAUUAAGUGAAGUAAAUAAUUACAUAGAAGUUAUUAAGAAAAAAACAAAUGAGUCAAAAAAAGAAUUUGAAGAUAUAUUAAAUAAUAUAAAACAAAUUAAAGAGACUUUGUUUAAUAAAAAUUAUAUUUUUCAUGAUAUUUAUAGUAUUAUAAAGAAUAUAAAUGAAAUAAAAGAAAAUUCCCCAAAGAAGGCUAUUGAAAAAGAUAUAGAAAGAAAAAUAAAAAAUCAUUUAAAUGAAAUUAAAAUAAUAAUAAAUGAAAAUCGAAAUGAUAUAUAUAAAGAAAUAAAUGAUACACAAAAUGAUAAUGAACAAUUAAAGAGCCAACAAUUAAUAAUUAAAAAUAUACUGAAAAAAAUCAAAGAAGAAAAAAAAAAAAUGGACGAAUUAUUUAGUGACAUGUUAUCAGGUGGAAAUUCAAACACAUAUCCAAAUAUAAAAGCUUAUUUAGAAGAGGCAGAAAAAUUAAUUAAAGAAUUAGUAUAUAAAAUAGAUCAGAUAGAAAGUUUAAUUAAAGGUAAUAACAUUGAAAUAGAGCAAUUAAAGGAUCGAAAUAAUAUAAUGAUAAAAAAAACAAUUAUGAAAAACUCUAAACAUGAUAAACAAAAACAGGAAUCGGAUGAAACAGGUGAUAAUGAAAGAAAUAGCAAAGGAAAGAAUAAAUUUUUUAAUACCAAAACUGCAUAUGUAGGAGGCAUAUUAUGUUGUUUAUUUGUUUGUUCUAGUAUAGCUUUUGUCUUUUUAAAUGAAGAUAAAUGUAAAGAAAAUAAUAGUGAAAAAAUUAAUUUAUUUGAUAAUAGAAAUGAUAAUGAUUAUGAUAUACAUAAAGAAGAAAUAAUUGACGUUAUUUUUGAAGAUGAAAUCUCUUAA